AUGCAACGGAAUUUAAAUGCCCCAGAUCGUCUUAUGUGGAAACAUGGAGAUAAUGUGGCUGAAUACUCUUCUUCUAGAGUGUGGGAUUCUCUUCGAGCAAGGGAUCAGGAGGUGGAUUGGGCUAAUCUCAUUUGGUUCUCUCAAUGUAUUCCUCGACAUGCUUUUCUGAUGUGGCUUAUUGUUAGACGAAAAUUGCUAACUCAGGAUAAAAUCUUGCAAUGGAACCAUACACGGUCUAACAACAUGAACAUGAUGUGCUGCUUAUUGUGCUACGAAGAUGUUGACUCGCAUGAGCAUUUAUUUUUCGAGUGCAAGUGCGCCACGCAAGUUUGGGAGGCGGUUCGUUCAAAAGCUGGUAUGGAAAGUCUGGAACCUAAGUGGUGUGAUAUUCUCGACUGGCUUGGCAGUCAUUCGCGGUCAAAGUCAGCAAAAAAUUUGGUUUGCAGAUUGUUAGUUGCGGCCCUGGCUUAUACUAUUUGGCAGGAAAGGAAUAACCGGUUGUUCAGAAAUCAUGCCCGGCCGCCGGAUACUUUAUGUAAGGUGGUGUUGGAAAGUGUUAGAUAUAAACUGAUGGGGCUUAGAUUCAAGAAUACUGCGGGGGUUCGGGAGCUACUUGAAAAGUGGGAUGUUCACGGAGCCGAUUUGGUCAUGGAAAAUGGAUGA